AUGGACUCACCUGGCGACCCCGAUAUUCUUCGUGUCUGGACUCUACUUUCAGAGGUCUCCGAGCAACUGAGCCACAACCGGUCCACCGCCGUCAAUGUGCAUUCACUUUCCGAUGGCUCCAAGGCGCAAGCGAUCCAUUCGCAGACGGGCUUUGUCCUACGCCGAUUCAACACGGACAAGCCGAAAGAGGUGUACGACGCCGAGCUGGAGCGGAUGAACAACGCGAUGUCCGCCGAGAACCUCGCCCUCCUCAACGACAACCGGCAGCUCAGCGCCCUCAUCCGCGAGUACGAGCAGACCCUCGAGAACGUGAUGGCCACGUUCCGCACGCGGGCGCACGAGGUGCAGCAGCGCGAGCUCGCGCUCAUGCGGCACUACGAGCGCAUCCUCAUCCAGCACGAGACGGAGGCGGUCGAGGAGUCGCUGCGGGUGAGCAACGCGCGCUCGGAGAGCCUCGCCCGCGCGGGGCGCAUGCUCCGCGCGGUCAUGCGCCGCAUGCACGGCGAGGACGUCGCCGCGUACGAGGCGUACGUCGCGCACCAGAACGCGAUCGCGAACGAGAAGCGCCGGGAGGCGUCCGCUGCGAGCGCCGGGGUGCGCUCGCGGCAGACGAGCGCGGAUGAGCACGCGGUGGACGUGGGCGAGGGUCGGGUGGAGGAGGCAGAGGCGGAGCGAGCGGAGGAAGCGGAGAAGGGGGAGGACGUCGAACUCGACCUCGACCGGGUGCUGGAGGAGGAAGACGACCUGGAGAAACGGCUCGCCGCGGCGGACUGGGCCCUUGAGCGGGAGAUUGAGCUCGCUCGGCUCGAGCGUGAGCAUGAAGAGCUCAUCGCGCUCGCCAAUGGCCUCCUCCAGCCCCUACCCACACAAACUCCAGAGCCCGCUGCUCCUGCGGCGCCCGCUCCAGCCCCGGUCCCAGUCCCGGCUUCGGCCCCUCCUCAGGAACCUGACCAUCCGACGAUCGAAGCGGUUGCUGGUGGCCCGCGCGGCUCGGUGGGUCCGUUCGGAACGUACAAGCAGUCGCCGGGCGCGCGCAUCGGCUAG